CGCGCCCGCCUCCUCGGCUGCUGGGCGAGCCCGGACCGGUCUCCGCAGAGCCGCUCGCCCUACGGUAAAGUAGCGGCCCCAGCCGGCGGCUCCCUUCAAUGUGGGUGGACGGAGCCCGGAGUCCCGAGCCCCCAGCCCCGAGCGCGGCCACCGAGCGGCUCCGCCACCGCCGCCCCGCCCGCCCUGCAGACCACGAUCGCGGCAGCCGCUGGAAGCCGGCACAAGGAAGGGGAGUUCUACAGCCGGAGCGCAGAAGACUCUGGUGCCUACACUCCCAGUGGACCACCCUUCUCCCACCGACAGCCAGGUUUUCCAAGAUGCCUGAAGAAAAUUCUCCAAGGCAGACUCCCCAGAACAUCCCUUACCAAGACCUUCCUCAUAUUGUCAAUGCAGACGGGCAGUAUCUCUUCUGCAGGUAUUGGAAACCAACCUGUGCACCAAGGGCCCUCGUGUUUAUCUCUCAUGGUGCCGGGGAGCAUUCUGGCCGCUAUGAAGAUUUGGCUCAAAUGCUGAUUGGACUUGACUUGUUGGUGUUUGCUCAUGACCAUGUUGGCCAUGGGCAGAGCGAAGGCGAACGGAUGAUUGUGUCCGAUUUCCAUGUUUUCAUCAGGGACGUUUUGCAGCAUGUUGACUUCAUGCAGAAAGAUCACCCUGGGCUCCCUAUCUUCCUCCUGGGGCAUUCCAUGGGAGGAGCCAUCUCCAUCCUAACAGCAUCAGAGAGACCGGGGCACUUUGCAGGCAUGGUGUUAAUUUCUCCUCUUGUUGUCGCCAGCCCCGAAUCAGCAACGACAUUUAAGGUUCUGGCCGCUAAAGUGCUCAAUCUGGUUCUCCCAAACCUGUCUCUGGGGCCAAUUGAUUCCAGCGUGCUGUCCCGGAAUAAGACAGAGGUUGAUUCUUAUAAUGCCGAUUCCCUGGUUUGCCACGCAGGGCUUAAGGUUUGCUUUGGCAUCCAGUUGCUGAAUGCCGUGUCCCGAGUUGAGCGAGCCCUCCCCAAACUGACCCUGCCCAUCCUGCUGCUGCAGGGUUCUGCCGACAGGCUCUGCGACAGUAAGGGAGCCUACUUACUGAUGGAAGCAGCCAAGAGCCAGGACAAAACGCUGAAGGUCUAUGAAGGGGCCUACCACGUCCUCCACAAAGAGCUUCCUGAGGUCACCAGCUCAGUCUUCCAAGAAAUAAAAAUGUGGUUCUCUCAAAAGACACAGUCAGCUGGAACCUCCUCCAACCCUUAAGGCCAUCAGCCCGGUUUCCUUUCCUUGGUCGAAUGUGACCCUGGGAGGUGGGUGAGGAAGGGAUUGGAAGCAGGUAGCUUGGACAAGAUUUGCCA